AUAUUUGCGAUCUUAUCAUGCCAGAAACAGAAUGCGGCCCCUGGACACAUGACCUCUCUCUGCUCCUGUGCAUGUCAACAUAAGCAGCUAAGUAAGUACAUAAUUCUUCAAGAUCAAGAAAACUACUACUAAAGAAAACCUUGAUAAACGAACAGGUGUCCACUGCAGCAUAAAUUCGUAUUCCUCCAUUACCCAGUAUGAGCGCAGCAAGUAUUCUUGCGGCGCCCGCACGGCGCGGCCGAAUGCGCAGCUUGUCUUCCAGGUCAAUCCAGUCUUUGAGUCAGCGAUCGUCGUCGCGCACACCUCCACCUGUUUUCGUCCACAGCUCUGCUCGAGGGUUUUCCUCGCUGAGCACAUCGCCAAUAAUGGGCACGCUACAAAAGAAGAUACUGGCACAUUUGGAGCCAAAGAAAGAGGCCAUCGCUGAGAUCAAGAAGUCAGACAAAGUAGUGGCGGAGGUGAAGGCCAGCCAAGUCUUCGGGGGUAUGCGCGGCAUGCCCGGAAUGAUUACGGAAACGAGCGACUUAGACCCGGUAGAAGGCAUCACCUACCGCGGAUACUCACUCAAAGAGGCGAAUGAAAAGUACUAUCAACUUCAGUUCUAUGUUUUUAUAGGUUAAAUCACGAUCACCAGAAAGGAUUGAUUCCUAUAAUUCCUGAUGAAGAAACAUAAAAAACCUGCGGUCAGUUUGAUCCUCGAGACUCCUCCUCGAUCCAAGAACCAUACGAGAAUAUUCCAAACAAAGAAACUUUUAGGUUACCAAAAGCGCCGGGCGGUAAGAGCGGUUUACCAGAAGCAGCAUGGUGGCUUUUGCUGACAGGUGACAUCCCGAGUGAUGCAGAGGUGAAAGCGUUGAACGAGGAAUUGACUCUGAGGGCGACAAAAAUUCCGAAGCAUGUUUUCAACACACUGGACUCAGUUCCAGUCACCACGCAUCCCAUGACGCAGCUUAGUAUCGCUUUGUUGGCAUUGCAAGCAGACAGUAAAUUUGCAAAAGGGUAUCGGGAAGGAAUAAAAAAAGCAGAUUACUGGCAGUACGUCUUGGAUGACAGUGUCUCACUCAUCGCGCAGAUUCCCAUCGUUUCCUUAUGGUGAAGAAUGUACUUAGCAAGCUGGCACCUCCUUACUUCUUGCAUCGGAAUAAUAGAGUAACACAAGUCUUGAAGAAGAAACACUUUCCAAAAACAUACUACAACUAUAACUUGCAAUGAAUAACUCUUUGUUGUUGUUCCUGGUCUGAUCAUUCGGGCUUCCAAUUCUCAACUGACUUACAACUGUUUCCUGGUCACCCGUCUGAUUCAGUCUUCUAAUUCUUGCGUACAUCUAUCGACGUGUCUUUGCAGAUGGAAAAAUGGUAGAUUGGAACCCCAAGAUGGACUGGGCUGGGAACUAUGCGGAUAUGCUACAGUGCGCGCAUGCUGGAAAAGAAGAGGAGUUUAGAGAGGUAGAAGUAGAACUCUGACACUAAUGUUUGGGGGAUGAUAUUAAGGAGGAGAACGUAAGUACGUAUUUCUGUAGGUGUAGCGUCUGGGUUGCUUCACGACAAAACGACCGUCUAGCUUCAAUCGAUGUAAUUAGAAGAAGACAACGAAUCUGUCAAAGAAACUCCCAAGAAGGUGACCCGUCUAUACCUGAUGCUCCAUGCUGACCACGAGGGUGGCAAUGUCUCCAGUCACAUCACGCACACUGCCAGCUCUGCCCUUUCUGAUUAUGGCCCGAAAAUAUACAUCUCGUCCUUGUUCUGUAGCAAGAGCGAGUACUUGAAUGUAAUUAUAUAAAUAUAAUAACAUGUUGCACAUGCAAGAAACCAAUAUCCUGGUGCUCCAUGUGCAGGAUCCAUAACGUAACCUAACCUAGUAACCUAACCGAGCCUAGCCUUCUAAUUCUCUCCGUUCCUGGCUUGGUCUGCUGGCAACUGCGGUCUCGCUGGCCCUCUCCACGGUCUUGCAAACCAGGAAUGCCUGCUCUGGCUAGAAAAGACGCUGAAGCAUUUGAAUGGUCCUUUGCUUUUUUUUGGCGACUGCAGUAGGAUAGUAGAGUAGUCCAAACCCAAAGAAAAUCCUACAUUUUGGUUUAGAUACUGGAGUUCUUGGACCGACGUACAGCAGCUUUUGUUCAAUGAGACUCUUUGAACUUUUGGCUUAGACAGAACUUCGAAAUCCUCCACAACCAGGUGAGAAGCCAACUGUGGAAAAUAUUACGCAGUAUGCUAAGGACACGCUAGCAGCAGGUAAAGUCGUGCCGGGCUUCGGCCACGCUGUGCUUCGUGCGCCAGAUGCGCGAUACGUCUUGGAACAUGAAUUUUGCCAGAAGUACUCUCUCUCUCUUAAGUACUGUCAUGUUAAGUCCUACUUUCGAAUAGAAGAUACGUCUUCCUUGAUCUUCUACCACUUAGUUACUUAAAAAGAACUUGGCUCUCGUCUUACUUCCCUCUGUCAAGAAUACGUCUGCAACCUCAGAAACCUGGCGAACGACCCACUAUUCCAACUGGCUGACGUUUGCUAUCAAGCGAUUCCGCCAGUGCUGCAAGCAACGGGUAAGGUCAAGAACCCAUGGCCGAACGUCGACGCGCUUAGCGGAACGGUGAUGAAAUUUAUGAGUCAUUAAUGAAUUAGCACCACGACCCAACAAGUGAAUAUUACAACAAGAUGAAAAUAGAUUUUCAAUCCUUAGUCUAAGUUUUCUGCCUUAUUGUUGAAGUUCACGAAGAUGUUAACUCAAGUACUGCAUACUGUUACUUUUGUUCUUGUUCCCGCCUGCGAGUACAACUCAGCGUCAGCUUCAUCACUUCUGCAUUGUUACUUAUAUUUCCCAUCCCGCCGUCUAAGCUGAAUUACGGACUAAAAGAAGCAGACUACUACACUGUCGUUUUCUCGGUCUCUCGAGUUUUGGGUGUCACUGCACAAGCCGUCUGGUCUAGGGUCAUGGGCGUACCGAUCGAGCGACCAAACAGCGUCACCUUGGAUUGGAUCAAAAAGAAGUAAUUACUAAAACUUCAUAGAAUAAGUAAUACAUCAAUUAGUACUGGAACCUUCAUGAUGGAGAUGGAUUCACAUGAACGCAGGAAUUUAUGAUAGUAGGACUAGGGGUUUCAAGAUUAAGACGAGUAGACAUCCAGAUUCCUCGUAUCCUAUCCUAAUCCUAUAAGAUAGAGCGCGUUGAUCUCUUCAUUUUCAGCUUGACUUAUGUUGGAUCAAUAGUAAGUUGAAAGAUGACAUUAUAGAAUGGAAUCUUAUCUAUGAGAGGAGUAGGUGGUACCAACAUCAUGAUUGUUCAAUUUCAGCUUACUUUUUCAUGUAUAAGAUUCAGUUAAGCGUAAAAAAGAGUUACUUGAGAAUCAAUGAAGCGAUUAAGUCGUGAAUAAUUUUGCUUUGAUGCCACGAUGCCAAAGUCAUCGUCCUGGAUACGAGAAUAUUUACAUGUUAGAUACUCCAGGACACUGGAUCUGGAUAGUUCGAUGCUCUUCUAGAAGCUCCUCGUCUGUGUAACCUGUAUCUUCAUACCGGCUCUAGAAGGCGUGUGAUGUUGAAUAAUUUCUAGUGGAGCUACAACGUGUAUGAGAGCAGUAAAGUGCCCUUGAAGAUGACUAGACUACAUAACACAUCGGCACUAUCAGUGUAGUAGUUUUUCUGCCGAAAUAAACGCGAACCAUUAUCAUGUUUGUUACCUAAUGUAGACAGUAGUUGCAGAGUCGCGUAUUAAAAGUGCGAACUACCUGAUGCUGAUUCCUUCUUCAACAUGGAAGAUAAGAUAGGAACUAAUAAAACGGCUGGGUCGACUACUGAGUAGAAAACGGCCCAUUAGACGUGGAAGUGUCCAAGUCCAUGAUUAUUCAAUACAUGGAGGCAGAAAGAGCACGAACAUGAUGAGCAGGAAAUCACACUAUGACGGUCUAGCUCUAGCUUUCGGGCGAGCUUUUCGUGACGACCAAAACCAUGAUCAUAAUGUGCAGAAUUCGUAUCCUGUGGAUGCAUCUCACCUCGAUGAAGUUGCCAGAUCCACGAUGGGGUUUCGUUGUAAACAGUAAACGAGCACCUCCUCUUAUAAUUAAGAAGAUCAAAGAAGCAGCCACUUGCCUUGUCAGGAGACCCAUCUUGAUGGGCGACUAGAGGGACUAGCAGCUACGUGUCUGCGCAGUCGUCACAACUACUACCAACUAUCUUCUAGAACAGAUAUAUUUUGCAAGAUGUGACGCGAAUGUUGGAUGGAAUCUAUCUGAAGUGCUGGCCAAGUCGUCACAAUCCGAGUCGGAUUGUCACAGAGAUCCACCUGUGCUGGAAGGCGGCCAUUAUUAUUUUUUGGAAUUGAAUCUGUUUGAGGUGUAUUAUUGUGCAGUCGAAGUCGCAGUCUGGCUCUGCGAU